UAGGCUGCCUAAUAAGCACAGGGUUAGCAACACUUUCUUUUGAUUGUUUUAAAUCCAUUUGGUUUUCCGUUGAAUUACACACCACACAAGGGUGCUAAUUCUUCUUUAAUCAUUCCAUGUAAAUACUAUAGAAAGCUGCAUUAAACUCUCUCGUCUUGUAGCUGUAUGCAGAGGCUGCCCACUGAACAUGUUAAAUAGUUUGUGCUUGUAGUAAGGUGUUGGGUGGCUACAAGUACAUAGCAGCAUAGAAGGUGUUAAAGGGAAGUCCUAUUGACUGCUGAUGUGCUGGAAUUGGCCUGGCUUUAUGUAAAUAGACGUUUGUAAUUAUAUCAUCGUAGGAAAACCGUCCCCCUGCCCACAUGUCCAAUAAGAACAGACCCAGCUUGACACCUGCCUAUAUAGAGGGGAAGAGAGCACAUUUCUGAACACUCAUCUCCCCCAGCCAUAAACAAAUAUUAGAUUAAAGUGGGGAAAGAACAUAUCCUGUAACAGUAUCCAGCUAUGACCUCCAGUAAAAUCGAGAUGCCUGGGGAAGUGAAGCCAGAUCCUGCUGCAUUGAUGGCAUCAUUGCAUCUGCUGCCUUCUCCCACCACUAACCUUGAGAUCAAGCACACUAAGAUUUUUAUAAACAAUGAGUGGCAAAAUUCAGAGAGUGGAAAAGUUUUCCCAGUAUAUAAUCCUUCAACAGGAGAGCAAAUUUGCGAAGUCCAGGAAGCUGAAAAGGCUGAUGUUGAUAAAGCUGUGCAAUCUGCCCGUCUGGCAUUCUCUCUGGGCUCAGUCUGGAGAAGAAUGGAUGCUUCAGAAAGGGGACGACUCCUGGAUAAAUUAGCUGAUCUGGUUGAGCGAGAGAGAGCAAUUCUAGCUACCCUUGAGUCACACAGUGGCAAACCAUUUUUACAGUCCUUUUAUGUGGAUCUCCAGGGAGUUAUAAAAACCUUAAGAUAUUAUGCUGGAUAUGCAGACAAACAUGGGAUGACCAUCCCCAGCAGGUAUAUGGGUGAUUAUUUUACAUUUACAAGGCACGAACCUAUCGGAGUUUGUGGACAGAUAAUUCCAUGGAACUUCCCCCUGCUGAUGUUUGCAUGGAAGAUUGCUCCAGCAUUGUGCUGUGGGAAUACUGUAGUAAUUAAACCUUCUGAACAGACUCCACUCACGGCGCUUUACAUGGCAUCCCUCAUCAAGGAGGCUGGGUUUCCACCAGGAGUUGUUAAUAUUUUGCCAGGAUAUGGUCCAACUGCAGGCGCAGCAAUUGCUUCUCACAGUGGCGUAGAUAAAAUUGCUUUCACUGGAUCUACAGAGGUUGGUAAACAGAUCCAAGAAGCUGCUGGAAGAAGUAAUUUAAAGAGAGUAACUCUUGAGUUGGGAGGAAAGAGUCCCAACAUCAUUUUUGCUGAUACUGAUUUGGACUAUGCAGUUGAACAAGCACACCAAGGUGUUUUCUUCAACCAAGGACAAUGCUGUACUGCAGGCUCCAGAACAUUUGUGGAGGAUUCUAUAUAUGAGGAGUUUGUUCACCGAAGUGUUGAACGUGCAAAGAGGAGAAUAGUUGGAAGUCCAUUUGAUCCAACUACAGAGCAAGGCCCUCAGACUGAUAAGAAGCAAUACAACAAAAUAUUGGAACUUAUCCAAAGUGGAAUAACUGAUGGCGCAAAGCUAGAAUGUGGUGGUAAAGCACUUGGAAGAAAGGGAUUCUUUAUAGAACCAACAGUGUUCUCCAAUGUGACAGAUGACAUGAGGAUCGCCAAAGAAGAGAUUUUUGGACCUGUUCAGCAAAUUUUAAGGUUUAAAACAACGGAAGAAGUUGUAGAAAGAGCAAACAAUUCUGAGUUUGGGCUCGUGGCAGCUGUUUUUACAAAUGAUAUCAAUAAGGCUCUCACCGUUUCUUCAGCAAUGCAAGCUGGAACCGUAUGGAUAAACUGUUACAAUGCCCUAAAUGCUCAAAGCCCAUUUGGAGGAUACAAAAUGUCUGGCAAUGGAAGAGAAAUGGGAGAGUAUGGAUUGAGAGAGUACACAGAAGCAAAAACAGUGACCAUAAAGAUUCCCCAGAAGAAUUCUUAAGAAAACGGGCAUCUUAUAAGACAAACCAACUUUAAAAAUUAUAUUUUAUUCACUAGAGUGCUAAGGUUUUGCCUGCCUUAGUUCUUGUCCAAUGGAUUUUAAGGAAUACUUCCGUUUAGUAUCUUUUUAGUAAGUCUGGUCCUUAAUUGACUCUUAAAAUUCUGUAUCUGGACCAGCACUCAGGAAUUAAAGCAAUACUCCUUGUAUAUUUAAGAUGAUUCUGUUUUAACAGCUGAGAUUCUGAGAUCUUUUUAAAGUGGGCUUUUAAAUCUACAAAAUAUUCUAGGAAGGCUGUUUAAAUAAAUAACAUUGGCUACUUUGGCAUGCAAUGAAGUUUGUCUAAGCAGUGCAGAGUGAAAGUUACCUGCUAUUUAGAAUUUAUCUACUGUCACAUUAUUUUAUACUAGCCUUGUAUCCUAGAUGUGUAUAAUUACUCAGUUGU